AAAAGAUGUAUAUUUUUUGUUGUUGUUGGCAGUUACUAUAAGCCAAUUUAGAGAUGAAACCAGUUGCUGAGAAAACUUCAAACGCAAAGCAAGGGAAAAAGAAAACCUUUAAGAAGCAAGCAGGUUCAAUGUUUCAAACCCUAGGUGACAUGAGUGGUAGUCCAGCAUCAACAACUAAAAAAGUCGCGAAAACAAGGGUGGUUUCGAAGAAAGAAACAACCCAGCAGCACCCUUUGUUCCUGCAAAAACAGGAGAAGCCAAGCUCAGACACUUUGUUACCUGAUGAGUACAGGGUUCUUAGACACAAGUACUUGUUAUUGGAAGAGGAAACCUUUAACCUGGGGAGAGAGUUGAGGAAGGAGGAAGAAAUGGUCAAGACACUAGAAGACGAGAAGCUCUCUUUGUUGGAUGAGCUUGUCGUGUUAGAAGGCCUGCUCGAUCCUUCCGAGCUGCACCCUAAAGUAUGAUAACACAAUGUCAGGAGACCCUAAAACAAACCCUAUUUGGAAACACUUUAUGAGAAACUGUCAAUAAAUUUCUGUUUGAUUAAAUUGUAUUUUUAAACAUGAUCUCAAGAAAAAGUUAGAAUUUUCAAAUGGGGGUUAGUGUAUAUAUAAGAUGAUGAUUGUUCUCUUAUUAAAAAAAUAACAAAAAUUUCAGUAUUUUAUAUGUUUUCAAAUAUGUACACCUCUUGAUGAUGUUUGGCUGA